UGUUUUAUUUAACCAGACGUCCGUUUUUUCACAAGUGCAAAAAUUUUUAAUCAAAACUAUAAUUAAAGUCGAAAAACUAACACAAACCCGUUAAAAAUAUGGCAAAAAAUAAGAGCACAGUUUAUCUGGGCUACGACGAUGAGGAAAUAACUGAGAAGCAUGUAUCGUUACUAAAUAGUACACUAAAUAAAAUUGGUGGAACAGCGGAUUGGCCAAAUGGUGAAAUAAAAAUACCGGCAUGUCCUCUAUGCGGCACAGCCCGUCCUUUGAUUGUACAACUUUAUGCUCCUUUGGAAAUGUCGCAAUUUCAUCGUACGCUGUAUGUAUUUUCCUGUUUGAAUCCUGUGUGUUCGCAAAAUUCCAAAAGCUGGGUGUGUGUAAGAACCCAACACUUGGAUACACCAGAGCACUGUGAUAUUAUGAAAGUAAUGGCAUCACCUAAAACAUCAUCGGCCAGUGGUGGAGGUAAACAAAAGAAAAAGAAAGAACAAAAACAGCAAUCGGGUAAAAUGUCAUGGUGCACCGGUACCGAUGAUUGGGGAGAUGAGACCAGUGUAGUAGUAGUUGCUGAGGAGUCUGUAGAACAGAUGGAUACAGAAGCAGAUGAUCCCCAGGAAGCGAAUGAAGAGAACGGAAAUGUUAUUAAAAAUGUCAAUUUUCCAGCAACCAACCAGCAAUUGGAGUCGGAUGAGGGAGAGAAUGAAGAUGCUUUAGCCAAUGAAGAAGAUGAUGAAGACGAAAGCAAUUCCAUGGACAAUGAUCUUCUAAUGAGUUUCAAUCAAAUCGAUUUGCGAUCUGGUCAAAACUUAGCCGAAGAUCCCAAUGCAAAUUGUGCAGCAGGUGAAUUGGCAGCCGCAGCUUCCGUUGAAAAGGAGGGCAAUUAUGCAUGUAGUGGAGCUUCUGCAACCAUUUGCGCUGAAAUUGAAGGCCCCGAGACUGAUGUUGUUCUAGUAGAAACUCCUCAAAAGCCUGAACGUGAUCUAAUAGCCUUAUUAAAGCAUACUCCUACCCCAGCGGUCUUGGGUCCUUUAGCUAAAUUAUCGGAUAUUACCUUGAAACCAUACUUUAUGGCCGUAGAUGUUGAGUUGAAAUUGGCAACUAAAGAAUAUGAUCAGUAUGGUGGUUCCUUGUCUGCAGAGCAUAUACGUGAAUUAUAUCAGGAAUAUAAGAAACAAGAUGAAUCUGCUCAUUCGCCAAAUAGUGCUAUGUCCGCUAGUGGCAGUGGUGGUGUGGGUGGCGCCGGAACUCCUGAGGAUCAGGAGGCUUAUGAGAAAGCUUUACCAGCUCAUGGUGACCUUAUGUUUCAUAAUUUUUUGAGUACUAUUCAACAAAAUCCAGGACAAGUUUUAAGAUACUCUCGUGAUACUUUGCCUCUUCUAAUUUCCCCUCUCCAAGAGCCUGCUCCAAAAUGUCCCAACUGCAAUGGUGAUACUAUAUGUGAAGUUCAGAUCCUAUCGACACUUAUACCAAAAUUAAAAAUGCAACAGAAUGAUGAGAAUGCUCCCCUAGAAUAUGGAAAUGUCUUGGUUUUCACCUGCUUGAAAAGUUGUUGGGAUACACCCGACAAAAUGCGCUAUGAAAAGGUUAUAGUACAAGUUGAAAAAUAAGUAACUUCCAAACGAAACUACAACGGAAAACAUGUAAACGAAACCAAAAUAAAAUGUACACAUAAAAUGUGUACAUAAUCUUUUAAUUACUAAAUAUGAACAAAGGAAGGUACCUUAUAGAGGAAUGAAUGAUUAAAGCAAAAAACGAAUACGAAAUAUCUAAACUACUUACAUACAUAUUAUGUAUUAUUUAACAGCAAACAGAACAUACUCAAACUCAACCACGAAGACACUUUUUGAAAAAAAACAGAAAACACUCAAGGAUUGAAUUAAUUACAUAUGUAUUUAUAAUGUUAGUAAGGGUAAUAAUGAUGAGUAAUUUGUUUUAUUUAUUUUAAUUAAUUAUGAAAGGAAAAUAAUCUCUGUCCCCAAAAUUAAACGGCUUCAUUACGGAAACAAACUUAACCUACACUUAAUUAUAAGAAAUGGAUUUUAAAAAACACUUAAUUUAUAAUAGUUGUUUAUGGAAAUUUUUAACUUAAAACAAACGUAAAAUUAACUUAUCUUAAUAGCCUAGAGCUUUUUGGUCAAUUUUUCCAGUCCACUUUAAGAUUAUAAACAUUUUGAAAAUUCAUUAAAGCACUUAUUGUUUUUAGCAUUUAUUUCUUUAUUGAAAUUUAUUUAUUUAGUUAUAUUUAUUUAGAUUUUUGUUCCAAAAACACAUCCCUUACUUUUAUUAGUUUUAAGAUCUAUUCCAAACUCUCUACUUCUAUAUAUUUUAUUUUAGUGAACAAUAAUGUGAUUUAAAAUGUUUAAUUUUAACAAAAAGAAAGAAAAAUCUAAAAAUCUUUUAUUAAAUUAUGCUUUAAUGUAGUUUUAAAACUAAAAAUUAAAUUGAGUAAUUGAUGAGAAUGAAAUACAUAACAUUUUAGUGUAAAAUUCUAGAUUGAGAAAAUGAUAAAAACACGAAAAGAACUCAAAAUAAA